UGCCAGCACAGUAGCUGUGUGUCCAUAUUUUUCAGUACAGAUCAGUUUUUCUAUAGCUUUUAAACCAGAACGAAAUUUCAGUGUUCAGAAAAUAGUAAAAAAUAAAUUUCAUGUUAGAAACCCUCUUAUUCUUUUGGUUCUUAGGUAGUUAGAUUAGUAAUUCACGGCUCAAUUUAUAUCUAAAGAAUAGAUGCCUUUUGGGAACCGACGUAGAGCUCUGAAGUCCCGUGAGGAUCGCGAUAGUGUUUCGAGGACUCGACCAACUGUCAUCGCUGAGAUGUUGACUCGUCGUCAAUCGGCUCCGGCUCUGGCCAUUCCGCCCGAGGAGGGAACCCCAUUGGUGGUGGCCAAGCAGGAAUCCCCGGAUACAACGGUCGGGAGCGAACUGAUCCCCUUGCGGGACGAUGACCAGGUGAUGGCCCAGUCGGGAGUGGAGAGUCCGAGGCCAUCGGAGGCGAUACGGAACGGGGCCACGGACGAGUUCCUGGUCUCGCUGCUCGAGUGUCCAGUGUGCUUCGGCUACAUGAUGCCGCCGAUUAUGCAGUGUUCCCGUGGCCACUUGAUCUGCGCCAACUGCCGCCCGAAGGUGUCCCUGUGCCCCGUCUGCCGGGUGUCCAUGACCAACAUCCGCAGCCUGGCCAUGGAGAAGGUAGCCUCCAAGUUGAUCUUCCCCUGCAAACACUCGCACUUCGGCUGCCGGGCCCGGCUCUCGUAUGCGGACAAGAAGAACCACGAGGAUGACUGCGACUGCCGUCCGUACUUCUGCCCGUAUCCGGAUGACAAGUGCGUCUGGCAGGGCCCCUUGAAUGCCGUGUACCAGCACCUGGUGAGCAUGCACGAGAACGUGAUCACAAUGGAGGGCAGCGACAUCAUCUUCCUGGCCACCAAUGUGAAUCUGGAGGGCGCCCUCGACUGGACAAUGGUGCAGUCCUGCCACGGUCGCCACUUUCUGCUCUCCCUGGAGAAGAUCCAUCUGGGCGAGGGCUGUCAGCAGUACUUCACCGCGUGCCGCAUGAUCGGCACUAUGAGGGAUGCCGCCGAGUUCGUCUAUAACAUCUCACUGGAGGCCAAUAAUCGCACCCUGCGAUGGCAGUCCAAGCCAAGAUCAAUCCGUGAGAGCUUCGUGUCGUUCACAAAUGCCGAUUUCCUGGUUCUCAACAAGUCCACCGUGGAGCUGUUCUCGGAGGACGGCAAUCUGGCCCUCAACGUGGUCAUUAAAAAAGCGCAGGACACCACUGGAAACCCCAACUAAGCACACACAGGAUCUCAAGUCCCCCCAAGUAUCGACCUUCACCCCAAUUUGAUAGCUGUCAAUGUAAUCGUAUAGAUAUGCAUAUCAAACAAAUAUAUUUUGUAUGUGGCUCUCCCAUUCUGUCAA